AUGUCCGUAUCAGCAUCGAUUCCCGACACUUCGCUUGGCCUUACCUCCUCCGAGAUCCAGAUCCUAAGACAGCAACAACAAAUUGCACUUCAAGGCAGCCAUGGCGCCAAUGGCAUUUCCAGAGGCAGGGGGACCGGACGCACCAGCAAUUCCAGUUCGCGCGCCGCCAGUGCCGCCAGCAGUCAGGGCCGUUUGCUUCUGGACCCUUUGAGUUUACGAGCGCUUUCGCAGCAGCUGGAUGCCUUACAGCAACAAAUUCGGAGUCGCAUUGACUAUCUCGAGGAACAAAUGCAGCUAUCAAUUCAGAACAGCUACGAUCGUGCUGGAAAUGUUGUACGCAAUGCCGAUGCUGAAAUCGCCCGCACACGUUCCAUUCUAGCCUCCAUAGAUGAGCUGGAAACUGAGCUUGCCAAGAUCGGCCACAUAAGAGAAAUUGUGAAAGCAUACCGUGGCCGCAUAGAAGGUCUUGACCAGCGCCUGGACCAAGCUGCCCGUCGGAGGCAUUGA